AUGUCGUCUGGAAUAAGUUGUAUAGACAAGCUGACUAGGAGAGGAGACUAUAUCCUCUGGAAACAGAAGAUCUUAGCUCAUUUUGAGUCUCUAGAUCUGCUAGAAGCCAUCAAAGAGGAGGAAGUUAAAGAGAGAAGUUCUGAAAUCACAAAAGUAACAGAGAAACGGGGAGAAAAAUCUGAAAAGUUUCAUAUCUUGGAAGAGAAAAGAGAAAAGGCAAGGUCUUUCAUCAUACUAAGUGUCGAAGAUCAUAUCUUGCGAAAGAUUGUGAAAGAAACGACAGCCUCAGGUAUGAUAAAGACUCUUGAUCAGCUUUACAUGUCUAGGCCAUUAUCAGAUCGUAUAUAUCUCAAGAGGAAGCUGUAUGAGUUCAGCAUGAAUGAAGACAUUUCUAUUGAAGAGAAUAUAAACGAGUUUCUGAAGUUAGCUUCAGAUAUAGACAAAGAGAAUGCUGAUGUAUCAGAUGAGACAAAAGCAAUAUUGCUACUCAAGUCUCUUCCUAGCCGGUUUGAUAAACUCCGAGAUUCCAUGAUAUAUUGCGAGUAUCCCUUAACCUUAGGGAGAGUUAUGAAUGCAAUACACACGAAAGAGGUGGAGCUGAGUCGGACAGUGAAACAAGACGAGAAAAGUGAGGCGAUGGUGUCCAAAACAGAGAGAGUAAGACCAGAUUGCAGUGGAAAACAAGAAAAGGGAAAAGAAAAGGCUGAAUCUGUGUCUGGAAGAAGCAAAUGUCCAUGUUGGAAAUGUGGAGAACGAGGACAUGUCAAGAAAGAGUGUUUCAAAGGGAGUGAGAGCAACCAGAUGCGAGAAAAGUUUGGUGUUGAAAGAAGUGAAGCAACAACGGCCAAGUGGAGUAAACAAGAUGAGUCUGCUUCAUUGGUCUCAGAUUUUGAUACUCUCACGACAAAACAAUGCUCUGACAUGUGGAUUUGUGACACAGGAUGUACCUCUCAUAUGACCCCAAGAAAAGAGUGGUUUGUAGACUUGAAGAUGUUAGAACCUGGAAGUGUGAAGAUGGCAAAUAACACUUCGUCACAGGUUAAAGGGAUUGGAAGUGUGAGAAUUCAGAAUGAAGAUGGAACAACAGUAUUGUUGACUAAUGUCAAGUAUGUUCCAGAGAUGACAAGGAAUCUCAUAUCUUUAGGGACACUUGAGAACAAGGGAUGCUGGUUUAAAUCCAAGAAUGGGAUUUUAAAGGUUAUUAAGGGAUGUCUUACACUGUUAAAGGCUCAAAGGAGUGAGUGUCUCUAUAUCCUUAAAGGAAGUGUAGUUGCAGUUGGACCAAAAACUGCAGAAAUACUUCAAGAUGAGACAAAGAUGUGGCAUAGAAACGUUGCUCACAUAAGUCAAGAAGGUCUCGAGGUUAUGGAUAAGAACAGAGGAAAGAGCAGUGAAAAAGAGGCUGGUGGAGACUGUGUACAGGAAGAAACAAAAGGAAUGAGGUGUGUUUCGGAAAAACCUGUAACUAAAGGGAAGAUUGAGAACAUGCACUCAGAGUUGUUGUGUUCUACUCUUACUCCAAGAUCAUUAAGGAAUUGGCACUUCCUUAUCACAGCGGAGUGGAAGAGGAUGGUGGAAACACCAUUGGAAAGGACAGUUGGGAAAGUGAUAACAAGAAAAGGAUUCAAGCAGUGUGACAUAAAGCUUGAUAGUCUCUGCAGACUAGAAGAAGUUGCAAGUAUAAAUUUAAGCAAAAAAUUAUUGCAUCAAAGAGACUCUACAGAAGAAGAAAACAUAUUGAUCAUGGAGAAAGAGAGAUCCUUGCUAAGUGAGAAUGGGUUGUUAGAAGAAAUCUGGGCAGAAACUACUACAAGAACAUUUCUCUUGAUUGCAAGAUCUUCAUCAUCAUCAGUGUUCAGUCCGAAUAUUCCUACAGAAAAUUGGAUAGGAUCAAUAUCAAGUCACGAGAAGUUUAGGAGUUUUGGAUGCGUCAUCAACGCACACUCAGACCAAGAUGGAAAUUUCUCAAGAGUCGAGAAAUGGAGUUUGCUUGUUUACUCUCAAACGGUAACAAGUUGCAGGGUCUGGUUAUUGGAGCUAGAAAGGUGUGUAACAAGCAGAGAUAUUAUGCAUCAAGAACCCAAGAUGCAUAAAAAUGACUUGAUAGCGUUGCACACAAUUAGGCUGUCAGAUGAAUCUCAGAGAAUCACCCAUCAGUCUCCUAUUUAUGCAAAUUGGAAUCUAUUAUCAGUUCAAGGUGGAGCUGUUGGAGUUGUUUCAAGAAAAGGAACUCUCUUGGAAGGAGAAUCAGACUUUCUGAAAAUUAUAUCACAAGAAGGUGAUUGUCAAUCAAAAAGAGAUCAAAUUAGAAGAGAUAUCAAGCCAAACAAGUGUUAUUGGGAAUUAAAUGCGCUUAUACUAGCUAGUGCCAAGAUCACAUAUGAAGACGGAGUAGUACUAGUAAGUCUUCAAGAAGAAAAUGAUGUCAAAGAGAGGUAUAAAUGCUGGCAGUUUGGGGAAGAAAAAUCAGAUAUCUCUAAGGGUGAAAUGCCAAGUUUUGAUUCCGGGUUAUUGACAAAACACUACACACAUAGAAACUGGACUGAAAGUUGUGGAGUAUGCAGAAGAAUUCAAGUCAUGCCAGCAGAACAGUCGAAGCUUCAAAGUAGAAGAAGAAACCAGUGUGUUUCAAAGGUGAAGAGUAAGAACAGACAAGAGAGGUUUUUACACGCAGAAAAGUGCAUCUCUAGCAUGUUAGUGAUGCACGGUAAUGAUGAGUCAUGCCUUGAGAUGGAUCACGUUCAUGUAGAAAGCACAUAUCUACACUUGACUCAGGAUGAGUUCAUACUCAUGGAUCAGCCUGCAUAUAAAGAACAGGUUAUCACAGAAAAAGAAAGAGGCUGCACCAGUAAUGAUAUAGUCGAUAUAUCAAGUAGGAAUUCUGAAUUCAAGCUCCUAAAGGAUCUAAUAAGCAGUAAAGCUGAGUUGGGAAACUUAGAUGAAGAAGAGGAGGCAAAUAUUCAGUGGUCAGCAGUCAACAGAGAUAAGUUUAGAGCAGCAAGCAAGUUGCUUCUAAGGAACUGUCUAAGAAUGAUACUUGAAAUGUUCAACUUGGGUAAAUCCAAGAGUGUUAUUACACUAAGAGAAUACCAUUUCAAGAUUAAAGCUGCAGCAACAAAGGAAUUGACAUCUCAGAGAAACUACAUGAAGCGUGUCGCAGUUUUAAAUGCUGCAAAGAACAUCAUGAAUAACAUGAUAAGAUUCAGACCUGCAAAAUCGUGUCUUGCAGGUGUUUUAAGAAGCUUCAUGGGGAGUCAACAGGAAGAAUCUGAGCGUGCAGUGAUGUGGACACAAAGAAAUUGCAGAAAAAACCUGCAAAUCUGUUUAAACAGCAAAGAGGAAAACAGUCCUAAGGUGAGAAGUGACUGUAAAUCUGUUUAUGAAAUUGGUCAAGACAAAGAUAGGAUGGUUCUUCUGGUUGAAUUCGCAGCAGGUGACAUUAAAAGUCAGUGGAGAACAGAGGUUCAAGGUGCUGGUUUCAGUUUUGCAGAGGAAAUAGAAGUAGUAAGCAGGUUGGGAAGGUUGUUUACAGAAAGUGAGAGUCAACAUGAAAAUGUUGAAGUAUACUGUGACAAAAAGAGCAAAAACUGGUUGCUUAAGGUCACAAGUGCAAAGAAUAUUGUAAGCAGUAUGCAGUUCAUAAGGAGAAGGAUUGGAGAAGUGGUAAUCAAGACUGUAAAGAGAGUAAGUGCUUAUGUUCAAGCCAAAGUCUUUACUAAGGAAUUACCGGAGAAAAAGCUUCAAGCAUAUAUGAAGCUUCUCAAAGUAUCACAAGCCUGA